UAAUCACUAAUAUAAACAAACAGAUAGCAAUUAAGCAUAAGAUAGAUAAUUGGUGUAAGACACUGAUAGCAAUAGAAAGAGGAGGAUCGUUUGUUAGUGAAGUUGGGCUCUUAACCUUAUGUUUAGAGAGCCUUAAUUUCAGAUCAAGUGGUCAAAGAGCUGUAAGCACAGUCUUGAGCUAUGAUAAAACAAUUCUCAAGUGGUCAUUGCACUGCCCUUGCAGUCUUGGAGCUACGAGAAAGUAUCAUAGAUGA